GUCAAUCUCAGUGUGUGUGAGUGUGCAACAGUCCCUCUCAUCUGUUUCUAGCAGAAUGCACAGAGCUGAACACCUAAGGCACUUUGGGCUGUAACUUGAGACGUAUCAGGGCAGAUCUAAAGAAAGAAGCCCCUCGCUCUGCCUCCUUGUCUCCCUAUUGAGCAGUGGGUGCAGGCAGAGGCAGAGCACACACAGACACAGCAGAGCCUCCCUCCUUAGUAUGCAGAGCACAAUCCAGCGCUGUAGCCAGAGCAUUGAGACUGCCUCACACCAGUACAGCACAAGAGCAAGUGAAGUGCCCACCAUUCCUGACCUCACUGAGCUCUGCCUAUAGGUGAAAUACUGGAGUAUUAUGGAUUUGGCACUUACAAAGUGGGCAGAAUGUAUAUCUCCUUGAUGUGAAAUUAUAAAAGUGAAGAAUAUAUUGGUGUUGGAUUUCUGCUGCCUCUUGGAAUUUACAAGAUUUCCCUGGGUCUCUCUUUGGCAAAUUACCUGUAACACCAGCUCUCAGGGAAUUGUCUGGUCCCAACGCUGAUCCUUUGUUAUGGAACAGACUAGGAAUAUGUUAUUUCUUUUUCUCUUUCUAUGUGUUGAUGUGUGCAUUGGAUAUACAACUCCUGGGGACAACCACAGGCAGCCUCUAGCCCAGACAACUGAGCCCCCCACCCAGGGAAGCACAGAUCCAAGCCACAGCCCCUUGGAGGAUGAAGCGGACAACCAGGAGAACAUUUUAUCCCAGUUGCUGGGUGACUACGACAAGGUGAAGGCCAUAUCGGAGGGAUCUGACUGCAAGUGCAAAUGUGUGGUGAAACCCAUAAAUAGAGACUCCUGUCAAAGCAUGCAUAAUGGGCAGUCCCGCCCAGAAGACUUUUAUACAGUGGAAACCAUUACGUCAGGACCUAACUGCAAGUGUGCAUGUGUGGCGCCCCCCUCUGCCCUCAACCCCUGUGAGGGAGACUUCCGUCUGCAUAAACUUCGAGAAACAGAAAACAAUGGCUUCAAGUUGUCAACAAUUAUAGAAAUGCUGGAAGGAGCCUUUUAUGGACUGGAUCUGUUAAAACUACACACAGUCACCACCAAAAUCACUGGUCGUGUUACAAAACUUGAAGAGGUGGUUUCCAAGAACCUCACUAAAGAACAAGAGCAAAUUAAGGGCAGUGUGGAUGAAAUCCUGACUGAGAUGCACAAGAAGGAAAAAGAGAAUUGCACUAAAGGCAGCCAAGAUUCCCAUUCCCUGCAUAACCUCUCUGAGAUUGGCAAGAGCCUUCAAAGAGAUGCGGCUGCUGCCUAUUCUCAUAAGCAUGACAAAUAUGAAGAAAGGUUUCUUAAAGAUGAAAAUGAACAAGCACAAGUAAUGAGUCCAAGGGCCCCAGCACCCCCUCAGCAAGUUAAGAGAAGGCCACUAUCGCAAAGGCAAAUUCAAGUGAGACCAAAACCAGCCCCAAAGCCAUCUGUCAUCCGAGGGGUCACAUUUUACAAGGCAAAAGUCACAGAUGAUGACAGCGAUUUGGAAGAUCAACCAGAGGAUGAAGUUUUCAGUGGAGAUAAUGCAAUAGAUAUGUUAAUUGAGGAUCAGCUGAUAAAGCACAACAUCCAGUACCCUAGCACCACUGAAGAGCCAGUUCCUUCCAGAGGGCCUCUAACGUCGGACUAUGCUGAAGGAGUACAAACAACAAAUGUCCAACAGUCCACUGCUGAACCUACUGAAACUUUAUUAUUAGUUACUAAUUAUAGCUCAGAACCCACAUUUACAACAGACAUUCUGCCAACAACUACUGAACAAAUCACUACUGAGCAACCAGUAAUUACAGAACAAGCUACAACAAUGCAGUUGCCAACAUUUACCACCACUGUGCCUACUACAGCUGUUUUGACAACAGAGGCCACUGAAGGACAGACUGACGGUUUCCCUACUACAAAGACUCCUACCACUCCUGUUCUUCCAAUGGAUACUGUCUCUCCAAUAAGAUCUGAUGUUCCCACAACCAGUUCAAAGAUAAAAAACACAGCAAAGCAAAACACAGAUGAUAACAAAGGAGAAGAAGAUGAACUCCGAAAACUUAUUGGGCGAUGCAAGGACACUUUGUCUACUAUCUCCGGACCCACAACCCAGAACACCUAUGGACGCAACGAGGGAGCAUGGAUGAAAGAUCCCUUGGCACAGGAUGAGAAAAUUUAUGUCACCAACUACUAUUAUGGAAACACCCUCGUUGAGUUUCGAAACCUUGAAAACUUUAAGCAAGGUCGCUGGAGUAAUUCCUACAAGCUUCCGUACAGCUGGAUUGGUACAGGCCAUGUGGUGUACAAUGGUUCUUUCUAUUACAACAGAGCAUUCACUCGCAAUAUUAUUAAGUAUGACUUGAAACACAGAUAUGUAGCAGCCUGGUCAAUGCUCCAUGAUGUCGUGUAUGAAGAAUCCACUCCAUGGAGGUGGAGAGGUCACUCAGACAUAGAUUUUGCUGUUGAUGAGAAUGGCCUUUGGGUUAUCUAUCCUGCUUUUGAUGAUGAGGGGUUCCAACAAGAAGUCAUUGUUUUAAGCAAAUUAAACUCAGUAGACCUCACCACACAGAAAGAAACCACCUGGGGGACUGGCCUUAGAAAAGAUUUCUAUGGCAACUGCUUUGUCAUUUGUGGAGUUCUCUAUGCAGUCGACAGCUACAACAAGAAAAAUGCCAACAUAUCCUAUGCUUUUGACACACAUACAAACACUCAGAUUGUCCCAAGACUGCUUUUUGUGAAUGAAUACUCGUACACUACACAGAUUGAUUACAAUCCAAAGGAUCGUCUCUUAUACACCUGGGACAAUGGGCAUCAAGUCACCUACAAUGUGAUCUUCGCAUACUAAGGAAAAUAUCCAGAUAUUGUGCCAGCAAUACAAGGGCAUUCCAUCCAUUGACUCUGGCUUUUCACUAAAGAGACAAACUUGAAGAUUCUCCACUGGGUAUUUGAAUAUAAGAGAAUCUAAAAAUUGUGAACUUUUUUUUAAUACAGGACAUUUGCACAUUCCUAUAUAUAAAUCAGCUGAACAUUUUUAGGAAUUUAGUAGCCAUUAUCUAACAUAGCAUUGUAACCGAAGGCUGUUACUGAACAUGCCACGUAAACAAUGAGAUUUGUCUGACUGUAGUAGAAUGACAUAGAUAUUGUAUAUAUAUAUAUAUAUAUAUAUAUAUAUUGUACAUAUAUAUAUAUAUAUAUAUAUAUAUAUAUAUAGAAUCUAUUCAGGCAUUUUAAUUGUGAAAUGUUCUCUGCCCAUUGCAGAUCCCUUAGAAUAUACCGGGUGGAAAUUUGUUUAUAAGCUUUUUAAUGUCAGAAAUCCAUUGGCUAAUAAGAGGGUGCAUCUCACACAGUCAUUGAGUGUUCAGUAGAGGGUAGUCUAAAACCAAUUUGGGGUAGCUUCUUUGGCUAAAGCUUACCACACCCCUAUGCUUCAGAGUCAGGAUGCAAAUGGUUUAGUAGAACAAUAAACUAACAUUUUUACAAAA